CUCCUGGCCAUCGGCGGCGCCUCGUCACUGAUAUUCGCGACGGCAUGCCUCACGCCGCUCUCGAACCUCGUGCAAGGGCUCGUCAUCGCCGUCAGCCGUCCCUUUGCGACGGGCGACAAGAUUAGUAUUGGGUCGAUGAGCCCGCUCAUAGGGUUGGUGGAGCACUUUGGGUGGUACCAGUCGCGGCUGCGCACCGCCAACAACGAGCUUGUCGUGCUUCCAAACUCGAUGCUCGCCAAGGAGCAGGUCGUCAACCUCUCAAGGCGCACCUCGAAGAAAAUCCAGGCGACGUUCCGCGUGCGCUACGACGACCUCCCAAAGGUGCACCCGUUGCUUGAGGAGCUG